CCCCAACGCACAAGGCGCCCGCCGCAUCCCUCCCUCUGCGCCUAUUCCAGAAUUGCAGUGAAGAUUCCGGUUCUGUUGCCCUGCCUUGGUUGAUAAUAUUUGAACCCUGCUGCCGGUACUUGGACAGUUUUCUCGAGAAAGUUGAUCAGUCAUUCCGUUAUACCCCAUCUUCCGUCUUGCGUGUUGCUACUACAACUACGCCUCAUCAAGCCUCCUAUCACUCCCAACUAUCCUCCGGCGACUCAAAUCCCGUACCUUAUCAACUAUUUUCAUCUCGGACGCUUCCUGCUGCUGUCACUGUAGCUCAAGCUGUUCUGACCACGAUUUCUUAACGGCCCUGACACAUUCCCAUAUCCGUCAUUGUCAUCGGAACUGAUUGUCCAGAGCAUUCCGAACUGCCAGAACAUUUUCCCACACCCAUUCACAUAACUAGACCAGACAGUCAAGAUGGUCAAGGAAACAAAGCUCUACGAGACUCUUGGAGUCAGCCCAGAUGCCACUGAGGCGCAAUUGAAGAAGGCAUACAAGACCGGUGCCCUUAAGUACCACCCAGACAAGAACGCCAACAACCCGGCUGCCGAGCAGAAGUUCAAGGAGAUUUCUCACGCAUACGAAAUUCUUUCCGACUCCCAAAAACGCGCCAUCUACGAUCAGUAUGGCGAGGCUGGUCUUGAGGGUGGCGCCGGUGCCGGUGGCGGCAUGGCUGCCGAGGAUCUGUUCGCUCAGUUCUUCGGCGGCGGUGGCUUCGGCGGCGGUCUCGGUGGUAUGUUCGGCGGUAUGAACCAGCAGCGUGCCCCCGCGAAGGCCAAGACUAUUCACCACACCCACCACGUCUCGCUUGAGGACAUCUACCGCGGCAAGAUCUCCAAGCUGGCCCUUCAGCGGUCAAUCCUUUGCCCCAAGUGCGAGGGUCGCGGCGGUAAGGAAGGUGCCGUCAAGCGGUGUGCUGGCUGCGAUGGUCAGGGUACCAAGAUCAUGAUGAGGCAGAUGGGCCCCAUGAUUCAGCGCUUCCAGACCGUCUGCCCUGACUGCAAUGGCGAAGGCGAGGUAAUCAAGGAGAAGGAUCGUUGCAAGCAGUGCAAUGGCAAGAAGACCGUUGUCGAUCGCAAGGUCCUCCACGUCCACGUUGACCGUGGCGUUAAGAGCGGCACCAAGGUCGAGUUCCGUGGUGAGGGUGACCAAGCACCUGGCAUUCUCCCCGGUGACGUCGUCUUCGUCAUCGAGCAGAAGCCCCAUCCCCGCUUCACCCGUCAGGAGGAUGAUCUUCUUUACAAGUGCGAGAUCGAUCUCGUGACCGCCCUUGCCGGUGGAACCAUCUACAUCGAGCAUCUCGAUGAGCGCUGGUUGAGCGUCGACAUCCAGCCCGGCGAGGCUAUUGCGCCCAACUCCGUCAAGAUGAUUCGUGGCCAGGGUAUGCCCUCCUACCGCCACCACGAUUACGGCAACAUGUAUAUCCAGUUUUCCGUCAGGUUCCCCGAGAAGAACUGGACUCAGGAUCCCGCUGCCUUCGAGGCUCUUCGCAAGUACCUCCCGGCCCCCGCUGUUGUCAACGUACCCCCUCAGGAUGCUAUGACCGAGCCAGCAGAAUUGGAGGACGUCGAGGGCAACGGAGCCGGCCGUGGCUUCUCCAACAGCCCUAUGGAGGAGGAUGACGAGCCUCAGGCCGAACGCGUACAGUGCGCCUCGCAGUAAGCGAGCUAAAUGGGCGGGGAAGCAGUACCAACCUUAUCCAUAAUUCGACGAUAAAUUGCGGCACAAGCGACGGUCCAACAAAGCGUGCCAUGCACGACAUUGUUUGAGACUUGCUAUGGAGGAUGAAUGAUUUGCAACGAUUCUAAAUCAUUUCAUGUCUCUUGUCCCCAUGAUCAUCCUUAACGAAGCAAAUAUACCCGAUUACUCGACUCAUUAUCGAGUAUUGCACAUUUGACGAGGCACGAUAUUUGAGGGGCCGACAAAACGAAGAGUUGGAGAAGGGAACAAAAAGGGGGUAUGAUGCAAGGUGAAAACCGGUAAUACCUGAAGUGUGAUCAAGUCGGCACGGGUGGAAGGGAUACGAUCACACUUAUCCACACAGCACCCGGAUUAUCACUAUCACGGUGGAAGAAGAGGGUUCAAUCUCGUUGUUUGAUGUUCCCCCUAUUUCACCUGCGUUUAAUGACAUGGUGGACUUUUACUUCUAUCGAUGUCAAAAUAUAUCAACACCCGGUCUUAUUGGCAGGCGUUCUAGAGAGGAUAUCGGACUGAUAGAAAAGAAGGAUGAAGGGCAUGGACAUGGCAUUACCGUCUUAUCCCGGCUAUUUGCUUCAUAUGAAGGACACAGGAAGGUCAUGUAGCAUGAGAAAGGAACAGGGGGGGACUACUCAGUACAUGCUCAUGCUACGCGUAUCACAUGAUUGCUGCUCACCUGGAUCCAGGAAGAAAGGGGGAAGGGGAGCUGGAUUUUGUUUUAUUUUUUUCUGGGAUUGUUAGCGAAAUGAUCAGGAUUCCUGAAUGCCAUAUUUCGUUUCAUUGGCGAACUGCAUGUUGUUAUGUUGUGGUCAUUAGAUAUAGGCUGCCGACGAGCUCCUAGCGUACCCAUCCAGUGUACUCACAGUCUUUAAGACCGCGUGCGUGUAAAUUCGCCAUUCAAGGCAAAUCGGACAUGAUUUUGAGCAUCUGAGACCGGAGCAACACGUCAAUUUUCCAAACCAAACAUCAGCCUCCUGGGGGCCAGUUAGGGCACCUCUCGUUGGUCGUGAAGACUCAAGUAAAUAUGAACCUCAUCUCCCCGAUCGUGUGAUACCAGUAUCAAAAGCACACGUCCUCGCCAACAUCUCACCAAAUUCAAAACAAAAGGGAAUUUGUCUUCAUCAAGAAUCUUAACAUCCACGCCAAACCGGCAACGAGCUGAAAUCCCCGACAACCACUCACGCUUAAUCGAGGGUAUCAUCCCUCAACUUGAACAACUGCCCCAGAACCUCGUCGGUCUUGGCCCUCAACGCUCCGUGAUACAUCACGUUCGUCUCAAACACCUUGGUCCCUCUAACCGCCUUGGCCGUCUCCCUUGCAAAGUCCGCGUCGACAUACAUGUCCUCAACAUAACUAGCCGCGUAGACAGGGACUUCGUUCCGCGCAAGCUGGUCCAGGUCGUAGAGCCGCGGCCAGUCGUCGUGCUUGGCCAGAAGCUCGGCCGUCUCCUUCAUGUCCUUUAGCUCUGGGUAGCAAUCGAAGUGGGCAGGGUAGACCAUUUCGCCAGAGAAGUACAGGGGCUGCUGGUUUGUGGAGGAGGAGGAGGAGGAGGAGUAGUCGAGGGCUUGGGGCACUGAGGACAGCCAGCUGAGUCCCGGCUCGGACUCGGCAAGCGUCUUGCCGACCCGGUGGGCGGCCCAGUCGGACGCCAACCCGGGUCCAUUAACAUAGAUGGACUCGUGGAGGACGGCAUAGAUGGGGUUGGUAUCAAACGGAAUCAGCCCCUCGAAAGCAGCGCCUGCGGCGCGGGUGAUGAAGCCGAACUGCUCAAUGUCCAUGGCCAGCUUGAGGAUGGUGCUGUGGAUCAGAUCCAAGCCGCCAUUCAUGCCCAUACACAGACCGAUGCCGAGCAACCGUUCGACGGUGAAUUGGCCGCCGCCCGGCAGCCGGGGGGAUUUUUCGUCCAGGUACUGCGCUACCUUGCGGACGCGCCCCACGUCUUCGGGGAACUUGCGGUAGUAAGCCUCGUUGCGCUGGAUGACCUUCUUGUACAGCGCCGUGUAGACUUCUUGGGCCGUGCGCUUGACGGGCGCGAGACCGCCCGUCAGAAACACCUCGCGCAACCCUUGCGGGAACUGGGAGAGGUACGUCAGCGCGACAAAGCCGCCGUAGGACUGGCCGAAAAUGGACCACUUCUUGUGAGUCUCGGGAUAAUCGGCAGUCAGACAGAGACGCACGGCCUCGGCAUCUUGGACGAUACUGUCGGCGCGGAAGCGCUUGAGGUAGUCGGCCUGCUGCUGGGGGCCACCCAAUGUGGCUAGAUGGGGCUGGUUGAUGGGCGUGCUUAGGCCGGUGCCGCGGUAGUCGAGCAAGAGGAGGGUGUAACCUCUGUCCAGGGCUGUUUUGGUCAGUUGGUGGUCUUGGGGUUCUCUGUUGCCGAAGCCGGGACCGCCUUCGAGGUAGACGAGGUAGGGCCUCCUGUGGUAUUCCUCCAGCUCGCUGUCGGUGCGGGGCACGAUGGGGGUGUCAUGUUUGGUGACUUGGCGACCGAAGAU